CGCGCAGCCUUGAUAUAAAACACAUGACUUCAGUUUGAGAAAUUAUAGUUAGUCAGUUAAAGAGAAGGCCCUCCAACUGAAUGUGACAAUUAUGAGUAGUGUGGUGUCUUCAUUGUCUGCUGUUGUCUCCACCAGUCUCACCUGGCUGUGGCGCCCUCUGGAGUGGACGAGGACACUGGUUUGGGGCAACGGUCACAGACCACUUACUCUGAUGGGAGACGAGGCCGUCCUCGAGGACCGGGAAGUCAGAGGGCCUAGAGUCGACUGGAGUUCCUCCUACUUUCACGAGCUCCGAAUCUUAGUUCUGGGUAAAGAUGGCUCAGGUAAACGAAGUCUGAUCCAACAGUUUUGCGACAAAACUUUCUACCCCGACUCCAGACAUGUUCCUCUGGGUUCGAGCAGGCUGGACAGUUUCAUAAAAGCUUCUGACCUUGACGGAGACGUUGCGAUGUUUUUGCUGUACCACCAACCUGGCGUCGGGCCCUCUGGACUUUCAAAUAUUCUUUACAACAAUAAUGAAUUCCAACAUGACCCUCCGAAGGGGUUCGUUGUCACGUGUGAUGUGACAAAUGCGGACGCUUUGACUGAAGUUGAGCUCUGGGUUCGAGAAAUAAAAUCCCUGAUGGAAAAACCCUGUAUUUUGGUGGUAGGCACGAAGUGUGAUCAGAAGACUCUUCGUGUCCUGAGCUACCAUCGUGUCUUAGAGUUCUGUAAGGAAAGGGAGUUGCUCUAUGUGGAGACGAGUGCCAGGACAGGGCAUAAUGUGGACAUGUCUUUCAUCCUGUUAGCUGUCUUGAUCAAAACGGUAUGUCAGUUCGAGAUUCUGGAGUCAAUGAGGACGAACAAUUCGUUAAAUUUCGGCGUGGAGGUGUUGACAAUGCCUGGUGGAUUAAGUCUAUUGCAGAUCUAGAGGAUCUUUUGAGUCCGUUUUUCUGAUUUGAUGACAACUGCAAUGUAUACUUAACAACGUACACACGCAUUUCUGAAUUCUGAAAGUCAGUCUUUUUUAAUUAACGAAUACGCUUUGUUAAAGUUAAGAGAGUUUAUUCUGCAAAUCAACCGAACAGGUUUUAGUUAAUUUCAUUUUUUGAGGAUUUUUUUCCUCAACUGCUUUUGCGUUUAUAUGUGUUUUUGAGCUUGCGUACCGUGCGUGUGUCGUGCACGUGUAUAAUGUAUACCUUGUAUUCAGUGAGCGAAAG